GCUUGGCUGGAGAACACCUCUCAUGUCCUAUAAACAGGGAGAUUAUGGUUUAAUGGUGUGGAAUACACUUGCCGAGGCAAAGCUACUUCGAUGAUAAACUGGACGCACUUGGAGAUGCUGAAACCCGGCGAUCCCAGCGCCUCUGCUUUCCUGAAGGUGGACCCAGCCUAUAUCCAGCACUGGCAGCAGCUUUUUCCUCAAAGUCAGCUGAAGAGCGCCAGCCUGAACCCGCUGCACCCGGCGGACAGAGCGGAUCUCCCGGUGGAAAGUCUUCGUCAGCGCCCCACUUCCAUCUCGUCGAACUCCUCCUCGUCGGCUUCUACCCCGUCCUCGUCUUCCUCGUCAGCCUCCUCCACUUCCUCCUCCUCUUCUUCGUUAGCUGGGUUAGCUCAACUCAAUGUGCCCCAGAUUGCACUUUUUGGACACGCGCAGUGCACCGACAUCAUCAGCACAGCAGCACUCGGCAACCAAAGCAAAGAGCUUUGUUCAUCAUCCCAGUGCAAAAAUGACAGAGCGCCAAGGUUUAAGUUUACAUCGGAGGAGUUAGAUUAUUACCUUUAUGGGCAGCAGAGAAUGGAGAUAAUCCCACUGAACAAUCACACCAGCGAUCCCAAUAAUCGUUGUGACAUGUGCGCGGAUAACCGCAAUGGAGAAUGUCCAAUGCACGGCCCCCUGCACUCGCUUCGGCGUCUGGUGGGAACCAGCAGCUCAGCGGCGUCCGUCGCGCCCCCCGAGAUCCCGGAGUGGUUAAGGGACCUACCCAGGGAGGUGUGCCUGUGCACGAGUACAGUACCCGGACUCGGCUAUGGCAUAUGCGCAGCCCAGAGGAUACCCCAAGGCACCUGGAUCGGACCGUUCCAAGGAGCCCCGUUGCUGCUGGACAAGGCGAUUUCUGGGACAGCAAGGAAUACGCGACACCUUUGGGAGAUUUAUGACCAGGAAGGGGCAUUACAGCACUUUAUAGAUGGAAGUGAACCCAGCAAGUCAAGUUGGAUGAGAUAUAUUCGUUGUGCUCGACAUUGUGGGGAACAAAAUAUGAUGGUGGUUCAAUACAGGUCUUGUAUAUUCUACAGAGCCUGUAUGGAUAUUCCCCGUGGCACUGAACUGCUAGUCUGGUACAACGACAGCUACACUUCGUUUUUCGGGAUCCCUCUGCAGUGCAUUGCACAAGAUGAAAACUUGAAUGUCCCUGCCUCCGUGAUGGAAGCCAUGUCCAGGCAUGACACGUUACAGCCCUUUAACAAGACAAGCAAGGCUCCUUCUGCAGCACUACUGCGCUCAAUGGUUUUCCCCCAUGCUCCAUGCACAAGAAAUUUCUCGUUACUGGACAAACCAGAAGCUGGGCUCAACCAAAUGAACGUUAAGAACCAGCGAGUCCUCGCAAGCCCUACUUCGACAAGUCAGUUGAACACUGAAUUUAGUGACUGGCACCUCUGGAAAUGUGGCCAGUGCUUUAAGACAUUCACUCAGCGCAUUCUGCUCCAAAUGCACGUGUGCACACAGAACCCAGACAGGGAGAACAAGCCUGGAAUCACCUGUCUGAGGAGUUCAAAUUGGGAACAAAUGGUGGUGUAUACCCCAGAGGGCAAUCUGAUUCAGCCUUACCAAUGUGGUCACUGCUCUCAGUCAUUCUCCCAGCCCUCUGAGCUCCGAAACCAUGUGGUUACCCACUCAAGUGACAGACCUUUCAAAUGUGGCUACUGUGGUCGUGCCUUUGCUGGAGCCACCACCUUAAACAACCACAUCCGCACACACACUGGAGAGAAGCCAUUCAAGUGCGAGAGGUGCGAGCGGAGCUUCACACAAGCCACCCAGCUGAGUCGGCACCAGAGGAUGCCCAACGAGUGCAAGCCAAUAACAGAAAGCACAGAAUCAAUUGAAGUGGAUUAACUGAUUGACUAGCUGGAAUUAAACUGCAAGGAAAGUCAUGAUUAAAUGUCACGGACACUUAAGCAAAACCAAAGAUUUCCUCUGAGCAACUUUCAAUCAGUCCCAGAAAACCGAAAGCAGUAAUAAAAUAAGUAAGAUGUUAAAAGAUAUUGAUCCCAGCAUGGAUGAGAGACCGGCAGCAGGAAAAAAAAGAAAGCAGAAAUUAUUUAUGUAUGACUGGGGAUCCCGGUACGUUCAGUGAACAUCAAACCUGGGGCUGCACAGAUUUCCAAAGAAGUCCCUCUGUCUAUAGCUUUAUUUCUCAAAGCCUUUCCUAGGAAUGGCAGUUAUAACCAAAGUGAAAAGACAAACGACUGAGAGCGCACAGGAAGCGCGUCUGUAUUGGUUGCACCUUUUUUAAGCAUGUGUCUAAAGGGGAUAAGAGAUGCCCCUCUGUUUUGUCUUGAUGUGGCUAUUAUAAUGAAAUGUGAUUUUAUUUUAUUAUUAUUAUUUUUUUUUUUAGAACAGCGCUUUUAAACAGACUGAAACUCUCUGUACAAUAUAAUACCAAAGGAUAUUUAUCUUCUGUUUCUCUUGUAUGUUUUGUGCACUUUUUGAUAAUGCUGAGUUUUGGUUUUGUACACAUUACCAGCCACAGGAAUGUAUAAUAUACCAUUGCGGACGUUUCGUGUAGAACUGUGUAUCAAUGUAGACAGCUGGCAAAUCUGGAUCAGUCAGGACAAAUCAUGUAAAAAAAUUGUGGCUUCCCAAGGGGAAAAAAGUAGCUGCCAAAAUGAAACAAAUUCAUUCAAGAAAUGUUUUUUUUUUUUUUUUACCUGAGAAUACACCUUUGCAAUUAACAGAGCAAUAUAUAGAUAUAUUGUAGGUAACUGCUUUGUGACUUAUUAAAUCAAAAUUUCUUCACCAAACAGUGAAUGUUAGGCUACUUUGCCUACUAUGUAAAAAUAAUGUGAAUACGGUGGCCUAAAGGCAAUUAUUGUGAUUUCAUUUUUUAACUGAGUUCAGAUUAAUAAACCAACUUUCUAUGUCAGAUGCCAUUAUCAGGAAUAUGCACUACAAAUACCAGAUUGCCAAAGAGUUUGUAGGUAAUUGCAGUCAAAAUAUCCAUGAUGUCAUCUUUGAGUGUACCAUUGAUAGUUGUUGCUGGAAUACAAGUGACUCUUAUUUAAGCUACAUUUUGCCCUUGGCCCGCCCCUCUCAUUAUUAUACAUUAGGUUCACCUGGAAAGGGUGUGGCCUCUGCACAAACACAGAAUCCUUGGAAAAGCUGAAAAGUCACUUGCUAUUUGUACCCACUAGAACGGCAGAUCUACCAUCAUCUACCUUGUGAAAAGUACAACAAAGGGGCCUGGAUUCUACUAAACAGACAUACUGAUCAGGUAAUGCCAGCAAUGUUGAAGAUGUGGUGAGUUCUAGCAUACCUUGCAAGAAAUCUGCUGAUCUGUUUUACAACAGAAAGUUAUCAUGAUUUCUGAUGCAUGAACCUUGAGAUGCUUUCACUUUGUAUAAGGUACUGGUAACAUUGAACAAACUAAAGAGUUGGGAAUCUGUGCCUGUAUGCUCUGUUUAUUGUAUUUAUUGAAUAAGUAACACAACUUGGGAGAUUAAUGUAAAAAUAUCUGGAUGCAAGGUGUCAUAAUUGUUACCAAAAGUCAUUUUAAAUAAAAGUUAGGUCUAUUCAUUUUUAUAAAUAGAUGUAAGGAUUUCCUACAUAAUGCCAAAGCAAACUAUUUCUGUAAAUGUGCUAUUAAUAGUUAGAAUGGUUUGUUUCACCCAGUCAACAUCAGCAUAUAAAGAUAUACUGAAAUAAGAAAGGUGUGGAAAAUGUCACUAAAUGUGAAAAUCUAACUGUCCAUAUGAAUUUUAAACUUAUUCCAGUUCACUGCCAAAAACUGCAGUAUGGGAAAAAUAAGCACAAUUGUAUUUGUUAUACUGUAUGUAGCAGACGUUCAUCAAAAAAGAGCUCUAAUUUUAAGAAUUUCAAUUGUCCAGAUGAAUCCAUGAUUGUAAAGGCACAGGAAGAUGUUUUGAGGCGGUGGCACUUCCCCUGCUGUUUCGAAGGGUGGGCAUCUGUGACUUGUAGUGGAAUGAGGGUGUGCCAUUCUAAUCCUGUAAAAUGCAUUGAGGUAACUGCACUGCACAAUAUUGUAUUGUGGUGGGGACAUAGGGUUAGUUUGGCACAAUUUUCACUUAAAAUGGGGGAGCUAUUGCCAUCAUAUCACCAUGCUGUCUGUGCCUUUGUACAACAGGGCAACCGAGUUCAGUACACAGGAGGCUGUUUCAUGAGUAUAACCAAACACAACAACAACGGCAGCAAUUUAUUUCUUCUUUAACCCAAAAUCACAAAAGGAGUGCUGCAAACACCUCGUGUAUAUUGACUUCUUGUUUUCUAUUUCUGCUGUCAUACUGUAGUUCUGAAUUAACCAAUAGUAGGUACAUUCAGGUUGUGAAACUUUGCAUAUAUAUACACGAACACAUAAGUAUGUAGCAGUAGAGGCAGUACUGUCACGUAUACAGAGUACAAUGAAACUGUUACUAUCACAUCCAACCAACAUGAAACUGUAGUGUCAGGGAAAGGAGUGUCAGUAAACAUUUUAUGAGAAAAAAAUCAGGAACAAAGACAUAGCCG